GGCCGAAAAUCGUCUGCAAAUAUAUGAUUUUAAAAUGUUUAGUGCAAAUCCUUAUAACAUACCACGUUGCAGCAUACGACAAUCGUGUUAUAACCACUUUGAAAUAUUCCAGACACUAUAUGAAACCUGUGGUCGUGAACGGAGAACCUGCAAGUCUGGGUCAAGUCCCUUACAUGGUUUCUAUAAAGCAAAAAGGCCAAAGGUUGAAUAUAAACGAUGCUAUAUGGAACAGCCUUUGCGGUGGCACGAUAUUAGCUCCGACGAAAGUCCUUACUGCCGCUCAUUGCUUUGAAAGCAAGAACUAUAAUUUAGAGAGCAACAGAGAGAAAUUAAGAACAGUUGCAGGAGUAUUAAAAGCUGAUCUGAAUCACGAUACGAUAACAGAUAGUGAUGGGAUAACUCAGUGGCGACAUAUCGAUAGUAUAGUUUCGCACAGAGAUUAUCACUUCCCAAUUUACGAUAUAGCUCUUGUGUUCGUUAAUGCGAGAUUUCAGUAUAACGAUAAUGUGGCUCCAAUAUCAUACGCUCAUUCUAAUACAGAUUAUAUGUCGUGGUGUACGGCCAGUGGGUUUGGGGAAACGGUCCAUUGGAAGGGAAACAGUAUGUCACCACAGCUCCUAAUAGCAAAAAUAUUUGUAUUAUCGAGACGUGAAUGUUCAACUAUUUGGGAAAUGAAUAUGGAUCAAUUUCUGUGUACGAGAUCGGCUUAUUCUGACGUCGCUAGAGGUGACUCGGGGGGACCUUUGGUAUGUAAAGGAACUUUAGAAAAAUGGAGGGAAUCCCCGAGAGGGAUAUUGGUCGGAGUUGUAGCCGGGAAGAAUUUUGAUAAGACUACGUUGUUCACUCGAGUUUCAACGUACAAAGACUGGAUUGAAAGGAACAGAGGUUUUGGUGUAAGGAGUAAUGUUUUGUCUGUCGUAAUUACAAUUUUCUUGGUUUAA